GCUGCUCUCUGCCUUUUCUUCAUUCGUAGUAUGUGAGGACACCUAUGAGGACCUCCAACAGCUACAUGAGCCCGACAUUAGAAGGUUUUCUUCUCUUAUCUUGUCAAUGGAUCUUAAGUGGAGGUGACUUUAAAUGAGAAUGCAGGACAAGGUCAACGGUGAGCCACAGGAGAGGUCAGUGGGAGACAUCAGCGGUAAGCAAAAUCAGCAGUCACAAGCAGAUGAGAAGAAAGCAGUGCGGUGCAGAACGUUCACCAGGUGGAUAAAUGCUCUGCUGCGGAGAUGUGAUCCUGUGGUUGAAGUGCACGAUCUGUUCACAGACAUUCAGGAUGGCAGGAUACUCAUGGCUCUGCUGGAGGAGCUGUCUGGGUGCAAACUACUUUACAGGUAUCGGUCCUCCUCUCACCACAUUUUCAGACUGAACAACAUUUCCAAGGCCCUGAUUUUCCUGGAUGAUAGACAUGUGAAGCUCCUUGGCAUCGAUGCGUCCAGUAUUGCUGAUGGUGUUCCCUCUGUUGUUCUCAGCCUCAUCUGGAACAUCAUCCUACAUUUUCAGGUGAAGGAGGUCACAGGCGACCUCCAGAGGCGUCUGUCUACAAGCCUCUCUUCCUUAUCAAUGAGUGGCUGCCCUUCCAGUGACCUCACACCCCAGCUGAAUGACUUCAGCAGCUACUCCUGCACAGACCUGCAGAGCAAAGUCAGAAGGGCUAGCAGGAAGCCAAGGUAUCAUGGGAAAGCAAUAAAGAUCCUCCUGCGGUGGGCCCAGAGAUGCACAUUAAAUUUUGGGGUGGAGGUGCAUGAUUUCGGGAGGAGCUGGAGGAGUGGGCUUGCAUUCCUGGCUAUGAUUAAGUCAAUAAACCCUGCCUUGGUUGACCUGAGGGAGAGUCUGGCUAGAGAUCCAAAAGAAAACAUUCAGUUGGCUUUCAAUAUAGCCCAUCACAGUCUGGGUAUACCACCUCUGUUGGAACCUGAAGAUGUGCUGUGUUCCUCACCUGAUGAGAAGUCUAUCAUCACCUACGUGUCCAUGUUUCUGGUGCAUUGUUCAGGCAUGGAGAAGAGCAAUGCAACUGAAGUUGAAGUUCCUGGCAUCCCAAGUUUUGGAUCUCUUGAGUCUGUCACUUUUGGAGAGAUCCACACUGAUGAUCCAGAGGCCAAAGCUUUGCUCAAAGGUUUUGAAAUGAGCAGCGAGCAGGGACUGUGGAAACGCUGGUCCAGAAGACCCUCUGGGAGCAGCCGUCCUGACCUCUCCUCCAGCUGUGGUGACAUCCUCUCAACCUAUCAUAGCCAAGACAUCACUGAACAUCCUGCAGGCGGGUCUUUGACCUCGACGUUCUCCAGAAUGAGAGGCAAAGGUAAAAGUGCUUUCAAGCCACCGAGUCCUCUGGUUGCAGGCGUCACCAGCCAAGAGAUUCGGUCAUGGAUGGAGAAAGCUUCUAUGGGUCAAGGCUACAGCAAACCAGGAGUGGAUGAAAAUCGCUUCUCUUUGAGCUCUGAUGAAGGAAUCUACAACUUGUCAGCUCUGGACUCAGAUGAAGAGGAGGCCUACAGGUACAUCCUGGAGCUUAAUAAAGAGGAGCUUCAACCUAGUCAGCUAAAGAGGAAAGUACCAAGAGUGGAAGAGGAAACGGCAGAAGAGAUGCUCCUGAAUGGACAGCCGACUGAGGAGUCAACACAUGUGGAAGCACAUGAGAAUCUAAAAGCCAAUGGAUGUAAAGACAUAAGGUCUAAAGAGAUGGAAAACAGUGGAGCAGGGUUUGACAUGGAGCCAGAGACAGAAAGCAGAUAUAUAGAGAGACAGGAAGGGGCUAUUGAAGGGCGAAGCAAUGAUUUUGAUGAAGACAGGAUGAAGAAGAGGACAGAAAGAGCUAAUUUAAUGACACGUCAAAAUGAUAAAACUCAGGCUCAACAUGAUAAAACAGAGGAAACAAAUCACGUUGAAGUCGAUAAAGAAGAAAAAAUGGAAGAGGCCACUAGGGAUGAGACUGGAAGUGGACCAAAUGUUUUCAACAAAGAAAGUUCCAAAGUAGAAGUUAAUCAAAAAACAUUAUCUGAAAGGCCUGUAGUUGAAGUCAAAGGGGACAGUACAGCUGGAUUUAACACAGAAGAAGAGAUUAGUGGCAAAGACGAAGCCUCCACAAUGCAUGAUUUACAUUCUAAGGAUGACAGCAUGGAAGAUUACAGCAACAGAGUCAAACAUUUGAUUGAUUUUGAUCAAGUUUUAACAGAAGUGGAGGAAGACUGGGAACUUCAGGUUAACAGACAAAGACUGACUCACAGGACAGCAGAAACAAUGGUACGUCAAUGCAAAACAUCCCCCAGAAAUGACACUAAUGGAGGCGUCAAGGUCCAUGGUGGUGAUGACUACCGGACUCCUGCUGGCAGUGCAACAUCUCAGUCAUUCAGCAGAGGUAGAGGACUGACUCUUGAAUCUCUAGCGGCCUCUUGUGACGUAACCGCAUUAGAGCUGGAAGUACUCCUGGUCCUGUGGAUCCUGCUCUACUGCUACUUCAUCCUGCCCUAAAUCAACCCCUGAGUCCCAUAUCAGUGCACUCGUCUUAUUAAGAUACGCUCAGUUUCCACUAAUGUGCCAAACAGGGACACUUAGGCUGGAAUCUUUAUCUGUGUCGCUUAAUUUCCCUCAAGGCAACAUUUAAUGAUUUUCUGUUUCUCACUGCCAGCAGGAAUAAUUUGUCAUUUGGUCUUUAGUUUAAACACAUAAUCAUGUUAAAACCAUUAUCACACAAUUUUUUAGCAGUUUUCACAGAUGAUUUGACAUGCUUUGUGGGCUGUUUUUGCUAAAUAAAUCUCUAAAAUGUUGACAGAUUUUCCUGACAGUAGUUUUCUUGACUUCAGUUGAUGUUAUCAACCACAUGGUGGCAUUGCAGCAGCAGCUUUCUCACAUGGCAGCUUGUUUCUCAUUGUUGUGUUGACUGCUGAGAAUCCCAUAUGACCUGCUGUUUAAUUAGACGCUGUAUUGACAUGGUGAGAUUAAUCUCAUAGUAUUUAAUGAGCUCUGACAUUUGGCAUGCUCUCACUGUGCACUGAUGACUUAGAAACUAAACUGUCCUUGUUUUUGUCUCAGAUACUGUAUGAUGUUUAAAGAUUAUCAGGCGUUUCCAUGACACUUCAGUGUUAGCUCAAUUAAACAGCAGAUACUGUUUCAUAAUGAGGAUUUGGUCCUUCCUAGGAGAUAGACCAAGCCAUAUAAAUACUGCAAAAUGCAACCCAAAUUCCAAAAAAAAGUUUUGGACACUGUAUAAUGUAAGUUAAAUUAAAAUCAGGUUGUCCCUGCUUAUAUGCUUAUAUGUUAAAACUGAGACAUUUUAACCAUUGAUGAAAAAUUAUAGCUCAUUUGGAUCUGGUGGGAGCAACACAUUUCAAAAAAGCAGGGACAGGGGCAUGUCUACCAUUGUUUAGCAUCUCCUCUUCUUUAACACUCUGUAAACAUCUUGGAAGUGAGGAGACAAGUUGCUGGAGUUUUGGUAGAGGAAUGUUGUUACAUUUUUGUCUAGUAUAGGAUUCGGUAACACUUUAGCUGAAGGGGUAUGCAUAAGACUGACAUGACACCUGUCAUUCUCAUUAAUGAGGCUUUAUGGAUAUUUAUGAAUGUCGUCAUUAAGUGACAUUAGGGUCAAUUAUGUCAACCUAAGUGCAAAGUUAACAUUGUUAGAUCCCUUUUUGCUUCUUUUUUUAGUAAGGUUAGGCUGUCUCAGCCUAGAAUCAAGACUGGAAACAAUAGGGGAGAGUGGGAUAAGAUCCAGGUUUUACUUAUGUGGCUCACCAGGAAAGGAAAAAAGCUGCAGGGCAACCAGACAGAAUGCAAGGUACAAUAGAAACUUCAACUUUUGAUUUGGGAUGUCCAUUGGUGUAGUGGUGUGUGUAGAAGUAGGUUUAUUCUUAAUUCAUUUGUUCAAAUAUGGAUUCUUCUUUGCAUGCUACAGUUUUAACUUGCAUCUGUGGAUGGCACGGUGAACUGUGUAGACUGACAAUGAUUUCUCAAAUGUUUCCACCAAUUUUAUGUGGAGGGUCUUUUUUUCUAAUCAGUGGUUCCACAAUUUUUAGAUGCUUCUGCACAUCUUUACUUCUGAGAGACUCUAACCCAGUUAGUUGCACAAUACUCCUUCAGCUGUUUUUACUUUUCUAGACUUUUUGUUACCCU